AUGUCAUACGUUCUCAAUUCCGGUGCAAAGAUCCCUAAUGUUGGAUUCGGUGUUUGGGAGGCGCCACAAGAUGAAACAUCUAAACUUGUAGAAAUUGCGUUGCAGUCAGGUUAUAGGCAUAUUGACACCGCAAAGUGUUAUGAUAAUGAAAAAGAGUCAGCAGACGGAAUCGCCAAGUUCCUGAAAGAAAAUAAAGAGGUUUCUAGAAAAGAUGUGUUCUAUACCAGCAAGAUCUGGCUCGACGAAUUCGGUUACGAAAAAGCCAAGAAGGCUGUCCAAAAGUCUGUGGAUGCUGCUUCCAGUAUCGAGUACAUUGACCUUCUGUUACUUCAUGGUCCUGAACCACCUGCUAAUUUACGUCUGGGUGCUUAUAAAGCUCUCCAGGAAGCUGUAGCUGAAGGAAAAGUUAAAAACAUUGGUGUUUCUAACUAUGCUGUUCACCACUUGGAAGAGCUUUUGAACUGGCCUGAACUGAAAAUUAAACCAGCCGUUAACCAGGUGGAAAUCAAUCCUUGGCUACAGAGAGAUGAUAUUGCACAAUUUUGUAAAAAGAACAAUAUUCUUAUAGAGGCUUAUUCACCACUUAUGAGAGGUGAACGUUUGGAUGACCCCGCAUUGGUGGCUCUUGCUAAGAAGUAUAACAAAAGUGUUGCUCAAGUAUUGGUUCGCUGGAAUCUUCAAAAGGGAUUUUUGCCUCUUCCCAAGUCUGCAACUGCUUCUAGAAUUAAGAGCAACAUUGAUGUUUAUGAUUUUGAACUUUCCGAGGAAGAUUUCGAGAGCCUCGGCGAUAUAAACUCUUAUUUUGUUGCUGGUGGUAACUGGGAUCCUACAAAGUGGGAGUAA